AUGGACCUGUCCUACAGAUCUACCAUCUCCAUCUAUAAGAGUAUCCUGGAGCAGUUCAACCCCGCGCUGGAGAACCUGGUGUACCUGGGGAACAACUACCUGCGUGCCUUCCAUGCGUUAUCCAAAGCGGCUGAAGUGUAUUUUAAGGCGAUUGAGAAGAUAGGGGAGCAAGCACUGCAGAGCUCCACCUCACAUGUGCUGGGUGAAAUUCUGAUGCAGAUGUCCAACACACAGAGACUCCUGAGCUCUGAUUUGGAAGUCGUGGCUCAGACCUUCCACGUGGACCUGCUGCAGCACAUGGAGAAGAACACCAAAAUGGAUGUGCAGUUCAUCAGUGAAAGCCAGAAGCAGUAUGAGCUGGAGUACCAGCGCAGAGCCACCAACCUGGAUAACUGCAUGGCAGAGCUGUGGAGAAUGGAGAGGGCCCGUGAUAAAAACGUCCGGGAGAUGAAGGAGAAUGUGAUGCGACUGCGCUCGGAGAUGCAGGCAUUCAUCUCUGAGAGUCAGCGGGAGGCUGAGCUGGAGGAGAAACGCCGCUACCGCUUCCUGGCUGAAAAGCACCAGAUGCUCUACAACACUCUCUUCCAGUUUUACAGCAGGGCCCGGGGCAUGAUCCAGACCAAGGCACCGCAGUGGAAGGAGCAGCUGGAGGCCAGCCGCAACCCCUUAAACAGCCACUCUCAGGGGCUUCUUGCAGCCUCCCAUGGCCAGGGGUAUCCAUCAGGCCGGCUCACCCCCACCCACCUCGAGAUGCCCCAGAGACCCCUUGGGGACUUUGCUUCUCCCAUGACUGGGAGUAGAUCCAGCAUCUUCUCUCCAGAGCCUCCAGAAAUGAGACUGUCUCCUCAAGCAGAGCCCCCCAGGCAGCCGCUGCGGAGGUCACCAUCAGCCAGUUUGCUCCCUUCUGGCCGUACCUCCCGUUCGGGUUCCUUUGGCGAGACCAGCAGCGGCAGCGAAGGUAGGAGGAGGAUCGGCACAACCAGAGUGCAGGCUAUUGUGCCGCACGUGACGGGCACCAACCGGACCCUGCUACGGUUUGACCCCAGGGAUAUCAUCACGGUGCUGAUGCCGGAGGUGCAGAACGGCUGGCUGUAUGGCAAGCUGGAGGGCUCAUCCACAUGCGGCUGGUUCCCCGAAGCUUAUGUCAAGCCUCUGGAGGAUGCGAGGGAAAUGGAGGAGCCAGCCACCAGGUCCUUCCCACUGCGAAGCAGUCACAGUAUGGAUGACAUCCUGGACCGUCCCAGCACUCCUUCCUCUAGCAAUUACUGGCCUGGGGCUGCCCAGUCCAGUUUGCUAACCCCACCUCCCCUCUCAGUGGGUGCCAGCAGUCACCAGAGUGGGGUGGCCACCCUGGUCAGUUCUGGCUCCAAGAAAUCAGGAGUAUUUGACCAGCCCCCUGAACUCUUCCCACGAGGUACCAACCCUUUUGCCACAGUCAAGCUGCGUCCCACAGUCACCAAUGACCGCUCGGCACCCAUCAUCUGA